AUGCCGGGUUUUGUAAAAUACUUGAAGGAGCUGUUGACAAAGAGGAAACCGAUCAAGCAUGAUACCGUGAGUAUGGCUCAUCGGGUUAGCUUUAUCAUAUCUACAACCAGGAUUCAGAAGAAAGAGGAUCCAGGGGCCUUUAUUAUUCCUUGUUCUGUUAGCCACCAUGAUUUUGCUCGUGCUUUAUGUGAUGAUGGGGCUAGCAUUAACCUAAUGUCACUUGCUAUCUAUAAUAAAUCGUGGUUGGGAAUGCCUAGGCCUACUACCAUGCAACUGGAGAUGGCUGAUAGAUCCAUAAAGAGGCCAGUUAGGGUUGUUGAUGAUAUGCUUGUUUGGGUUAGCGAAUUCCUUCUAUCGACAGAUUUCGUGAUUCUUAAUUGUGCUCUUGAUAGAUAUGUUCCUAUUAUUUUGGGGAGACCUUUCCUUGCAAUAGGAAGGGCUCUUAUGGAUUCAGAGAAGAAUGAGAUCAAAGUUCGUGUUAAUAAUGACGAAGUGACCUUUCAGGCCAGUAAAGGAAUGAAACUAUCGAGUGCUAACGAAAGCGUUUUGGUUACUGUUGACAUUGAUGUGAUAAACGAGGCCGUUGAAUUUAAAAUGGAAGAAGAAUGUUUGGGAGAGGCUUUAGCAACCAUAUUGGUGAAAUUUGAUGCUGAUGAUAUAGAAGGUUAUAUGGAGAUUGUUAAUUCUCUUGUGGGGUUGGGUUGUUAA